GACCAAUCGGAGUGAUGACUCACGACUCACGAGGCACAAUUUAAAUGUGAGUAAAGGUGAAGGAAAAAAAAAAAAAAACAGUAAAAGAGAAAUGGAAGGGAGAAAAGUCGUCGGCGGGGUCGUCUAAUCGUCUUGGCGUUCCGCUGCCUUUACGGCUGGCUGUACGAAGUUGAUGAUGAUGAUGAACCUCAACCUCGUCUAUUAAUAGACACCUGUCUCCCCUUCGCCGUCCAUUUCGCCCUGUGAUCUCGCUUUUGACGAUCGUCUUCCCGAUAGCAACCAUGACUGGAAGGGAAAUUCUCCACAAGAUGAAGGUAAAAGCUGGUUUCGGUUCAUCUGCAUCAGAUACAGGGAAAGGCAAGAGCAAGAUGUCUGGAAGGCACAUUACACAUGGUUUCCACUUGGUUAAGGGAAAAUCAAAUCAUGCCAUGGAAGAUUAUGUUGUUGCAGAAUAUAAGAAAGUACAUGACAAUGAAUUGGGGUUAUUUGCAAUAUUUGAUGGUCAUUCGGGUCAUAAUGUUCCAAACUACCUGCGUUCCCACCUUUUUGACAAUAUUCUAGAAGAGCCUGACUUCUGGACUGAAACAGAGACUGCAAUCAAGAACGCAUAUUCCAAAACUGACUCUGUGAUUUUAGAGAGAUCAGGUGAUUUGGGAAGAGGAGGUUCAACUGCAGUUACUGCAAUAUUAAUCAAUGGUAAGAAACUGGUGGUAGCAAAUAUUGGAGAUUCUCGAGCUGUGAUCUGCAAGAAUGGUGUAGCCAAACAGCUGUCAGUUGAUCAUGAGCCAAGUAGGGAGCGAAAAAUCAUUGAGAGAAGAGGGGGGUUUGUGACAAAUAUUCCAGGAGAUGUCCCGCGAGUUGAUGGACAGCUUGCGGUGGCAAGGGCAUUUGGUGAUAAAAGCUUGAAGGGCCACCUCAGUUCAGAACCAGAUGUUGUGACAGAGAUAAUUGAGGAUGACACAGAGUUUGCUAUAUUUGCAAGUGAUGGGUUAUGGAAGGUUAUGUCAAACCAAGAGGCUGUGGAUGCUAUUGAACAGACAAAGGAUGCCCAAUUGGCAGCCAAGCGUCUGACUGAAGAGGCUCUUUCUAGGAAAAGCAAGGAUGAUAUUUCCUGCAUAGUUGUGAGGUUCCACUAGCUAAUCCUUUUGGUUUGGACUUCUUUUUUUUUUGACAAAGCUGUGCUUCAGAAAUAAGAAGGAAACCCAAUUAUCCCUCUUCUUUGUCCUUGUAAAGGUUUUCAUGGUAUUGUUGUUUGUCUUGUUAGUGGUAGAAAUCCGCAUGGAUUGUAACAGUCUUUGUAAGUGUAAAUGCAUUGAAAAUACUACUGGUUGGAUGAGCAACUAUAAUUGUAGUUUACAUGCUCUCAAUUGGGCUUGUCUUGUGAACAAAUGAGUCCAGAGUCUGGUUCAAUUAAGCAGGAUGAAGCACUGUGAAUGAACAUUUGUGGUUCA